UAAUUGUCUGCUGUCCACAGAGUAGUCAGAAUUGGAAGCUUGAACUUGUGCAAAUUUAUCAUCAUGCAAACUUUGGGUUGGCGCUCGUUAGCUCGGGUACUUAUUGUGGCACACUCGCCCUCUAUCGUUGAGGUUGUCGAUAAGUGUGGCUCUUUGGUAUUGGUGAUGGUUGCCUCUCCACGACGCGGGUUCUGCUGAUUCUGAUAUUUUGCCUAUCGUUGACGUGCAUGAGCGUAGUCCUCAUCACCAGAAUUGCAAAUUCGCACUCUUUGGAGUAUCGACUUCGCUUUCUCCAUUUGCCUUGCAGGAGCAACAGCUUGGAGCGAUUCACAUUCAUCCCCCCAAUUCCUCCUUGAUUCUGCAAUGCUUCCGUGGGACGCAGAUGACUUGCGUUGAGCAAUUUAGUGCACCAUAAUCUUCCAAAAAAAGAAUAGGGUUGGGAGGGUGUGUAAUCACAUGGAUAACUUGCGUUUAAUACCUUCGAAGGAAAUGACGAAUGCUGGGUCCCUAGACACCGGUGUUCUAAGCGCUGUUGGCUUAACGACAGUCUCCACAGCUUCUUCUUGUCGCGUGGAGCUCAAUAAUUCGGCCAUGGAGGUUACUCAACCCGACGGAAUGGCAAGUGUCGGUAGGUCAGAGCUGAUCGUCCUAGGUUCGGGAUCGUCCACUGGCGUACCGAGCCCUCUCUGCGUAAUAAAUCCCACAGAUCCUCCCUGCAACGUCUGCCGCAUGGCUAUGGAGGGUCCCCAUGAAUUGAAUCCCAACUAUAGGUGCAAUCCAUCGCUGUUAAUCAGUUAUUUGCAUAAUGAUGGGCAACGACGCUACAUUCAAAUUGAUGCUGGAAAAGACUUCAAGGAGCAAGUGUUGCGUUGGUUUAUUCCUUACAAGAUUCCAAGGCUUGAUGCUCUUAUCUUAACACAUGAACAUGCGGAUGCCAUGUUGGGUUUGGAUAAUGUUCGAGGUGUGCAACCUGUCAAUUUCAAGAACGAUAUUCCGCCCAUGCCAGUAUUUGUUACCCAGCAUACAAUGGACAGUGUGGCUCUUAAAUUUCCAUAUUUAGCCUCAAAAAAGAGGAAAGAGGGUGAAGAGCUGAGGCGAGUGGCUCAAUUUGAUUGGCGUGUAAUAGAACCUUCCAUUGAUACUCGAUUUCAAGCUGGUGGUCUCACCUUCACUCCAUUACCUGUUUAUCAUGGAGAAGAUUAUAUAUGUCUUGGUUUUUUAUUUGGGGAAAAAACUAGAGUUGCUUACAUAUCUGAUGUAUCUCGGAUUCCUACCAGAACUGAACAUGUAAUAUCAAAAGAACAAGGUGGCCAAGUGGACUUGCUUUUCGUGGAUACUAAUGGUGUAGGGUUACCGGGGGGAAUAUCUCAUAUGGCAGCUAUUGCCAAAUAUGGAGCGGGCCAAGUAGAUUUUCUCUUUUUGGAUUCACUUUAUAAGGAAACACCUCACAAUACUCACAUGACCUUCCCAGAGAGUUUGAAGGUAAUCAAGAAGCUGCAGCCUAAACGUGCUUUUUUGAUAGGAAUGACGCACGAGUUCGAACACGACCUUGAUAGCAAAAUACUAGCUGAGUGGUCAGCAAGAGAGAGAAUCCCUGUGGAAUUCAGCUAUGACGGACUCCGCAUCCCUGUUGAUUUAUGAAAGCAACAUACCGUGGAGACUUCGCCAAUUUGUAAUGAGCACUUAUUUAUUUAUUUUUUAUUUAGUCUUAUUGUACUACCUUGACAAUCAGGGUAUAAUUAAUUGGAGGGCCCAUUCUUGAUCCUUACCUCACUUGCCAUUUUGAGCGCUGGGUACUGUAGCUGAUGUGGGUGUGGGAGAUGUACCGAAGUUUGGUGCACAGAGUGAAGAAAAAUAUUCUGAUGAUGCAAUUCGUUAACUAGUUUCAGGCUCCUGUUCCUGAUGAGUUGUGGGUGAUUCAACUGUGUCGUGUGUUUGACACUGUGUGGCGAAUCAUUUUGAUUGAGCUCUAGGCUGUGUACAGGUUCUUUCACAGGGGCAUCUUAGUGCUACUUCACAUUGUGCACAAAUCAGCUUUUGUUAGAAGGCUGUGAGGACUAUGCUAUAGAAUGUCAUCACACGAGCGUUUCAUGAAAAAUCAUCGAAAGAGCCCACAUCCCUGCCUCAGUACACGACCGUGGAGUCUACAAUGUAGGUGGAAUGUGGCUCCCAACAGUUCGACCUCUGGCAACCCUUAAGCUUUCAAUUCUUCCAGCUGAGAGAUCUGCUUAGAAGACCCCACCCAGGGGAAUCAUUUGCUGUGCUUUUCAAUAGUACUCUAACUUUCGACAGCGAACUACAGAAAGAAAGUUUUAUCGGAGAGGAUGCCGAAUGUAGAAAACAGUUAAAUAUGAAAUUGCAAUGCUCGAAAAAGCAUCUUGUAACAGAUCUAGGUGACUAGGUGGUUAGUAUACAAUAAACUAAAUGACGGUAGGUCCGAAUGUGUUGGUUGGUAGGAUCUUUAGAGCAGCAAAACCGCAUGUUCUAUCACUUGGGUUGAUCAUUUGGUCUCAUCCAGUGGUUCAUCUCCUGAACACACCUCAUGACACAGCUCACAGGCCCUUUUGUGACUGGCAUGGCUGAUGUAUUCUGUGGAGAGUAUAAAGAACAGAAAUCUGCAACAACUGUAAUUAGGGUUGCAGACACCCCUCCGGAGAGUAUUUAACUGAAACUUGAUCAUUGAACUAUUGAAUAUCCCAUAUUGUAUGUAUUAAAAGUUGGGACUUAUCCAGCUCCUAACUAAGGCAUUGGAAGUACCCUUCCCUUGGCUUUUGGCA